UUCCACAACAAAUGUCAACGGUUUUCUAAAAACCCACUUUCCAGAAACUCACGCGCUUUUUCUCGUUCCCAUCGCGUAUAAAACCCGCUGGAACCGCUUUCCAACCAUAACCUUCUCAUUUCCAUAGUUGCAACUCAAAAGAUAUGAAGACGACUUGGUGCGCAGAAACGGCUUCCAAGGCCUACAUCGACACCGUUAAAGCCGUAAAACCAGGCGGUUUUCCAUCCGUGGCUAGCGGUUUCGAAGAUUCCAACGUGGCAGAGCUGGUUUCCGCCAUGGCUGCUGGUUUCAAGGCUCAGCUCAUCGUCGAGGCGUGGACACGUGGCGGGGACUUAUCCACCAGCAUCGCCCUCUCUAUCGCUAGCAGGCACACAAAGGGGAGGCACGUGUGCGUCGUUCCAGACGAACGGUCGCGAUUGGAGUACCGGGAUGCCACGCGUCUGGCCGGCGUAUCGCCAGAUUUCAUUGUUGGAGAGGCCGAGGAAGUGAUGUGUGGGCUGCCGGGCGUAGAUUUCGUGGUGGUGGAUUGCCGGCGCAAGGACUUCGCUAAAGUAUUGAGGUUUGCUAAAAUGAGCGUGAGGGGUGGGGUUCUGGUUUGCAAGAACGCUCACCCGAGGAGCGUUCCCGGUUUCCGGUGGCGUGGCAUACUAGGGAGCGGGACACGUGUCGUUCGAUCGGCUUUUCUUCCGUUCGGGAAAGGGAUGGAGAUCGCUCAGGUGGCUUCGGGGGUUUCCGGUUCGGGAAACAAGAGCCGUUGGAUUAAGCAUAUCGAUCAGCACACCGGAGAGGAACACGUGUUCCGAAGAUGAUUUUGUAGCGAUUUUUUUUAGUUCCUCUGAGGGUGCGUUUGGCUAUACCAAAUAUCAUGAUUUCAUGAUAUUUGUUACAACCAAACGCACCCUUAUUAUCUUCCGUCUCUCUCCUUUUUUGUACAACUAAAAAUGUUUAUAUAUGAAAAGAGAAUAAAUGACUUUUGUUGUUAUCGUUCAAA